AUGGCAGAGCCGUUUAACUUUGAGAAAAAUGAAAGCAAGCUUCCACUGCAUGAUUCGUUAAGAAGUCCAGGAGGACAUCCUAACUUCAGGUUAAAAAGCCCAGAGAGUAGAAAUAAAAAGAACAGUUUUUUGCUUUGUGGACAAACCAAGCCGUAUCUGGCAAGUCAAGACGAUACUUCCGUGCCUUCAAGCCCCGGUAGUCUCGAUGGAGAAGGGGUUGGAUCUAAAGGAGACAAGAAGACAUUGCCAACAGGAAAUUCACUGUCACCAUUAAAUGUUGGGAAUAAUUCACCAGCCAAAGAUGGACUUGCUAAACCUAAUAGUAAUGUGAUUCUGGCAAAGUCAAAAAAGGUGCACAAGCCACUUGGGAACUCCUUCUCUAUAAACAGCCCGGCUCUCUUCAGCUCCUUGACCCCGCCUCUUCGGUCCACAACUUGCCAUCGGUGUGGCCUUUUCGGCUCGCUGAGGUGUUCGCAGUGCAAGCAGACGUACUACUGCUCCACGGCGUGCCAGAAGAGAGACUGGUCAGCACACAGCAUCGUGUGCAAACCUGUGCAGCAGAGUUUCCACAAACCUGAAGGCAAUACUUCACCAUUUGAAACCAAGAACAUGGAAGUGAAAAAUGAGAGUGAUUAUCCACUUGGAGUUCCUAAAGAAAUAACCCAGUGCCCUGAGAAAAUAAUGUUUUCUGAUUUGAGAAGUCUGCAGCUCAAGAAAGCUAUGGAAAUAAAGGGCACAGUGACUGAGUUCAAACACCCAGGUGACUUUUACGUGCAGUUGUAUUCUUCGGAGGUUUUAGAAUAUAUGAACCAACUUUGUACCAGCUUGAAGGAAACGUACGCAAAUCUGCUUGAAGAAGAUUACAUUCCUGUCAAGGGGGAAGUUUGUGUUGCCAAGUACUCUGUUGACCAGACCUGGAACAGAGUCGUCAUACAGGAUGUCGACCUGAUGCAGAAGAAGGCGCAAGUCCGAUAUAUCGAUUAUGGAAAUGAAGAGAUGAUCCCAGUGAACAGACUUUACCAACUAAACAGAAACAUUGACUUGUUCCCUCCUUGUGCCAUAAAGUGCUUUGUGGCCAAUGUUAUCCCAGCAGAGGGGAGUUGGGGCAGUGAAUGUGUCAGAGCGGUCCGACCCCUGUUAUUGGAGCAGUUCUGCUCCUUAAGGAUCAUGGACAUCUCAAAAGAGGAAACACUCACCUUUGCUGUAGAUGUCACACUGUCCAGUUCAGGGAAACUCUUUGACGAUGUGCUUGUAGAAAUGGGCUAUGGCCUGCAACCCAAGAAGCAAGGUGAAGAUCACAACAAUUCCGAAGAUGUUGGAAAACUUACAACUGAAGACAAAGUUGUAGUCGUCAGGAAUGACUUAAUCCCCAAAGUGUUGGCCUUGAAUGUGGGGGAUGAGUUCUGUGGUGUGGUGGCCCACGUUUUGACUCCAGAAGACUUCUUUUGUCAGCAGCUACAGAGUGGCCAUAAGCUGGCUGAGCUCCAGGCAUCCCUUAGUGAGUACUGCAGUCGAGCGUCUCCACGCUUUGAUUUUUUCCCAACCAUUGGUGAUAUCUGCUGUGCUCAGUUCUCAGGAGUAAAACCAGCAUUAGGAGUUUGGACUCCAGAAUCGAUUUGUCUAAUGAAAAAACUUGUGCAGAACAAGAUGAUAACAGUGAAAGUGGUGGACCAGUUGGAGAGCAGUUCUCUGGUGGAGCUGACGGAUAAGUCUGUGACGCCUCACAUCACCAUUCGGAAUGUUCUCAUAGAGGCUGGCUUUGCCACAGGAGAGAAGGAAAUGUUGCCAGUUAAAGCCAGUGACCUGAAAGAAGUCAGUGUUCCUUUAAGUUCAGAAGCCAAAGCCACUCCUUUGGAGUGGACGUGGGUUGAACUUGAUGUUGACCAAACAGUAGACGUCAUGGUCUCUAUGGUCUACAGUCCUGGGGAGUUUUAUUGCCAUGUGCUGAAAGAGGAUGCGCUAAUUAAACUCAAUGAUUUGAAUAAAUCGCUCGCGGAAUACUGCCAGCAGAAGUCACCGAAUGGUUUUGAGGCACACGUAGGGCAACCUUGUUGUGCUUUCUUUGCAGAUAUACAACCUCGAAGCAGUCACUGGACCAAAGAAGCCACCGCUAGAUUUCAGAUGUGUGUCGCCGGGCUCAAACUCAACGCCAGAGUAGUCGAAAUCACGGAAGAUGGCAUGGGAAUGGAGCUCACUGACCUUUCCACUUCCUACCCCAAAAUCAUCAGUGAUAUUCUGAUUGAUGAGGAGCUGGUUUUAAUGGCCAACUCGCCACUGAAAAACUUGACAAGUAACAGACCUGAGAGUAAAUGUGAUCGUAAUUGUGAUCUUCAAGUUUAUGCCCAGAGGCCUCAGGCCGUCUUUUCUGCUCAACAGUGGAGGACAGUAGAAUUGCCAGUUAAUAAGACCAUCCAAGCAAACAUCUUAGCAGUCAUGAACCCAAACUUGUUCUAUGCUUUGCCAAGUGAGAUACCAGAAGACCAGGAGAAGUUCUGUGUACUGACAGCUGAACUGGUGGAAUAUUGCAGAGCUCAGAGGAGCCCGCUGAACUAUACUCCUCGAGUCGGAGAUGCAUGUUGUGCCAGAUACACAAGUGAUGAUCUGUGGUACCGAGCCAUUGUUCUGGAGACUUCUGAUAUGACAGUGAGAGUGCUGUAUGCGGACUAUGGGAACAUGGAAACUCUGCCCUUGUCUAGGGUACAGCCUAUCACCGCCCCGCACCUGGAGCUUCCUUUCCCGAUCAUCAGGUGUUCCCUGGAAGGACUAAUGGAAUUGAAUGGAAGCUGUUCUCAGUUAAUAAUAGAGCUGUUAAAAAAUUUCAUGUUGAACCAGAAUGUCAUGCUUUCUAUAAAAGGAAUUAAUAAGAAUGUCCACACAGUGUCCGUUGGAAAAUGUUCCGAGAAUGGGCCUGUUAAUAUUGCCAAUAAGCUGGUGUCUGGUCUGGCAGAAGACAUCACCUCUAAGAAUCAAAGCGCUUUUAACAAAGAGAAGCAGUGCAGGACAGACUGCUGCUGUGCAGACUUACAGAAACAGGUUGAGAAACAUGAGAAGGUUCUUCGCUUUCUCUUAAACACCCCAACCAAUCAGAAGAGGUUUAUCGAAAUGGAAAAACUGGAUCCCUCUGCCCGUCGCUCCGCCCCCGGGAGCGUGCCCCUGGCUCCCCUGCGCCCCUUCCGCACCCCGCGGCGAGAACACAGGUGCCCCACGUGGCGCGCCCUGCUCCUGCGCGCCCCCUGCCCGCACAAGCCGUGUGCAGGCGGCCCGGGAGACUCGGUGCAGCGCCCUGAGCAGCCAGGGCACCUGGAGGGGUGCAGGGCCGUGGUGCCCAGCGGCGUGCGCUCUUUUUUGUCUGCGCCCGACCUGAACUCUCGUCAAGGUGCCUUCCCGGAAGAGGCGUCCUCAGCAGAGCGCACCGCCUGGGGCGCGCACAGGUCCCAAGCUCGCGGCGCGGCCGAGCCCACCUUCUUCAGGCGAUGA